AUGUCGGAUGUCCAAGUAGCUGUCCAGCCGGUGGAUAUUACACCACAGCAGACAGAUACCAUCGACGAUGCUCUCCAACAAGCUGUCGAAGCUUACAAACCUCCUCGCUUUGAUCCCAAGAUCCAUCUGAACUUCAUCCCUCCGACGGCACGUUACUCCUUCACUGAGCUGGGGCUCGAUAAGCCACGCAACGCCCCAAAUGUAUGCUACACAGAGCCCUUCCAGCUCUUUUCGGAAGAGGGCGUGCGUGUCAUGCGGCGGGAGAUCUUCCGCAAGGAGUUCUUGGAUAAGUAUAUGAGAUCGUGGUCACGAGCACCUUGCUACAUUGGGGGUCACUCUGCCAACUCUGAAGAAGCUAGCUUUAUUAAACAAGCUUGGUAUCACCCUGCUACCCAAGCGGCCAUCGACCAGGCCUUCGGUACCGGCCUCAAGCCCCUCGAACGACACUGCGACAUAGGUUAUGUUAAUGUCCAGCUGGGCGAGGGUGGAAAGGCGGGAGUUUACAAUUACAACGAGAUCCCCGCGAAACCACUGCCACCGACCGAAGCCGCGACUAGCAUCCCCAAGUCCCAAUGGGAUGAUGUGGCUAUUGAUGCCUGGCACAAGGACCAAGUUCCAGUUGUCUGUGUCGUUAUGUUGAGCGAUAUCAGCAACAUGGAAGGCGGCGAGACAGCCAUCAGAACCGGCGCAGGGAACCUGAUCAAGGCCCGCGGCGCUAACCUCGGCGGAGCAGUGCUCAUGCAGGGCGGCAAUCUAGAACAUGCCGCUCUUCGCGCUAGUAACUGCGCUGAGAGGGUGAGCAUGGUGACCAGCUACCGCUUCGCCGACCCGGACUUGGACGACACCCGGACUACCCUCAAGAGCGCUGACUUUGAGAACGAGGACAUGAAUGCCCUCAAGUACGCUCACCUGGACUACAAGUUGAAGAGACUUCGGGACAGGGUCAAUCUGGCGUGUGAACGCGUUGCUAGGCAGAGAGCGGGGAAUGCGGAAUUGAAUAGGGAUGAGAUAGAUGGCUGGGUGAAGGACCAGGUUUACUAUCUCAAACAGACAUCGUGGGAGCUUUUCGAGCGAGACGAGAACAUGCUGGGGAUGGAGAUGCCGGAUGGAAUCCUUCGGGACUAUCUCGAGGAUGCCUAA